GCCUGAGGCAUUCGCAGAAGCAACAGCAAAAGACAGAGCUACCACAGCCACGUCAGCACUGUUGGAGCAAAGCCAACUGCAGGGGCAGCAGGAGCAGCAUCAGCAAGGUGGAGAGCUCGCCUCAACCAGAGGGGAAGGGGAUGUUUUGCCAAGCUCCCAAGGCACUGCAGAGGAGGGAGCAGAGGAGCAGAGGCGAAGUACGGCAAGAGUCGAUGGGCAUGUGAACCAGGAGGGAGAGGUGGAGGAAGAGGAGGGUGAAGAUGAGGAUGAUGGAUUGCCUCCUUUGGAGAGGAAUCCGAACCACCGAUCGAUGUUUGUUGAGGAUGUAUCAGAUGACGAUAGUGAGGACGAGGAGUAAUCCAUGUCCAAACCUUCUAGUCUAGUGUCAUUGUCUUUCCACAUCCCUCUGAAGUUGGAAAAGCGAAAGAGGAACGAUAGUUUCAAAGGGGGCUACGGCAAUCCGAAAACAUGAGCAAUAGAUGGUAUAAGGGUGGAAAUAGGACAGGUCGGGUUUUGCCCCUUCGCAGUCCGUGCUUGUAGGCCUUGCCCUCUG